AUGAACAGCAGCGAGAUCCGGACAGCAGUGGGCGCCCUGGACAAGGCCCGGACGGCGCACGACACGGGGGCGCUCCGGGACAUACUGGAACAGCUCGAUAGCGGGCUUGUUGCGACAGAGAACCUCCUACGGGAGACGAAGGUUGGGGUGCAUGUGAACAAGCUCCGGACGUACGAGGACGCGGAGGUGGCGGGGCUGGUGAAGAAGAUCAUCAAGAAGUGGAAGGACCAGGUGUCGGCGGACAAGAAGAAGCGGAAACCGGGGGUGAAGAAGGAGGCGGGGGCGGCGGUGGAGGCGAAGACGGCGAAGACGGCAGGCGUGUCCGACGACGCCGGCGCCAGCGGCGCCGUGAAGGGUCCGCGGACCCCGCUGACGGACGGCGUCAAGAUCGAGACGUACCCAGACUCGACGAGAAACAGGUCGAUCUCGGCGCUCUACACGGCCGUCGCCGUGGACACGGCGGCGGCCGCCGGCCGCAUUCUCGAGACGUGCACGGCCAUCGAGGCGGCGAUCUUUGCCCAGAACAAGGACAAGGUGAACGACGCGUACCGCAACAAGCUCCGCUCGCUCAUCCUCAACAUGAAGAACAAGAACAACCCGCAGCUGCGGGCCAACGUGCUCGACGGCACGAUUCCGCCGGCCAAGCUCACCACGAUGUCCAGCGCCGAGCUGGCGCCGGAGUCGCUCAAGAAGGAGCUUGAGCAGCUGCACCAGAAGAACCUCUUCGACGCCCAGGGUGCCGUCGAGAAGCGGGCCGUCACCGACCGUUUUGUCUGCGGCAAGUGCAAGCAGAGACAGGUCUCGUACUACCAGAUGCAGACCCGGUCCGCGGACGAGCCCUUGACGACGUUCUGCACCUGCGAGAAGUGUGGCAACCGGUGGAAGUUCUGCUGA